AUGAGCGCCGCAGUCCACGAGAAUCCUCAACAGCCAUCCGAGGGCGAGCACCUCAAUGUGCUCGAGCCUCAGGCUCUCUCUUCGAAGGCCUCCUCAGACUUCGGUGGUAAAGAAAACGUCGAGAACCCAGAAGUAAAAAAGGACGGCAAAGAAGAAACAGAAGGGGAGGUACCAAAAGAACUCACCGAAGAAGAAAAACAACAAGCUGCCGAUGAGGAAGAGCGUGCGAAAGUCAUGAAGCGCAUGGCACAAAUUGUCGACAAGGGGCUUGACAAAGUCAAGCCUCUCCUCGAUAUGAUCGACCAAACGAUUGACGAGGCCGAGAAAAAGAAAGAGAACAACGAAUUAGAUGAGGACGCUUUCGUUAGCAAGAUGAAGCCCCUCAUUGAGAAUGCCCACUCAGUUAUGCAGUCAACCUUGGACCAAAUUAAGGCUCUUGACCCCGACAAUAAGUUCGAGCGUCUUGCUAAGCGCCACGUUGAGGAUGCUCAGGCCUCUGCCGAUGAAAAGAUGGUCAUUGACGGUUGCCAAGAGUUGAGCACCCGCGUUCAAGCUACAAUUGACAAGGGUCGCAAGGCAAUUGAAGGAAUGCCAAAGGCCAAGAGUGAGCUUGGUCCUCUAUUCAGCAUGCUCUCAGAGCCACUCCUCCAAAUCCUCGGUGCUGUCGGUCUGCUUGUUGCCGGUGUUUUGAACUUGCUUGCAAAUAUUUUGAAUGCGCUUGGACUUGGAGGUGCCCUCACUCAAGUUCUCCAAGGCCUCCGCAUCGACAAACUCCUUAAUGCUAUGGGAUACUCUGUUACUGGCAAGAAGAAAUAA